AUGCUAUUAAUAGAUUGUUUGACAUAUAACCACUCGUUUGACGUACACUUCAAGAGCGCACCGGCCGGGGGAACGGGAGCUUUUCAUCAGCACUCGGUCGAUAGGAAGCCGACGAUCAAACGCAAACAGGGGCUCAACCUAUUCGAGCGGCUCCGGCAGGGAAAGCAGGAUAAGAUCGCCGCCAAUGUUCAGCAACACAUACGCGCCAUUAGGGCGGCCGAGGCGCUGGACAGGCAGACGGGCGCCCACCGCCGCAAAAACAGCUCAAAACUAGUGCCGCAACGGAGCACCAGUAGCGGGGACGACGAGGGGGCGGCCAGGGGUCGGACGCCCGUAAGAUGCGUUUGGUGGCGAUGCUCCGGCAGGCCUACGGCACGGACAUCGAGCGGGUGCCCGGCUUUAUCGAGUUCGCCGAGUCGGCUAAAGUAG